UGGCUGAUUGAAACAGUGAAUGCAGCCCUCGGUUUCUCAACCACACUGCUAGGACGGUAGUAGCCUAUUGCCUACUAUCCGGCGUGAGUGAGUGUGAGUGGGAAAGAGAGGGAGCGCAAGUGAAAACAAAAUUUCGAAAAGUGACCAUGGCUGUUUCAGCAACUCCUCCGGUGCUUUCCCCCACCUCCAACCCGGGGUCGGGGGGCCUCUUUCGCUCGGAUCCCCUGUAUACGAGCCCUGCGGAGUCCCCGAGGCUGACCAACAGCAUGAUCAACACUUUCAUUAGUAGCAGCAGCAGCAGCAGCAACAGUACCAGCGGCAAUAAUGAGUGUAAGAUGGUGGAGGUCCAUGGGGUCAAGGUGGCCUCGUUCACGGUGGAUGGACAAGAGCUCAUUUGCCUCCCCCAGGUUUUUGAUCUGUUUUUGAAGCACCUGGUCGGCGGACUGCACACCGUGUACACCAAGCUGAAGAGGCUGGAUAUAUCUCCCGUGGUCUGCACGGUCGAGCAGGUCCGGAUUCUGCGGGGGCUGGGAGCCAUCCAGCCCGGGGUGAACCGCUGCAAGCUCAUUACCCGCAAGGACUUCGAAGCCCUUUACAACGACUGUACCAAUGCGAGCUCCAGACCGGGCCGACCUCCGAAACGCUCCCUGGGCGUGGCCAUGCAGGAGAACUCCCGCCUGCUGCCCCACAGCGUGCACGGUCUCUUAUCACCGAGCCUCAUCUCCCCGUCAGGUCUCACAGCCGCUGCCAUGGCUGAGGCAAUGAAGCUCCAGAAGAUGAAACUGAUGGCCAUGAACAACCUGCAUGGCACAGGCAGCCAGAAUGGCACGGAGUCAGAGAACGAGGAGCUCAACUCCAAUGCAGGCGGGAGUGAGUCCUCCUGGGAUAAAGAAAAACUACAGUCCCCCUCUGCUGCCGGGGCUCAGCAUGGGAUGAGUCACGCAGUCCUGUCUGGGCAGCACAACCUGGGCACUGCACACCCCCUCAGCUCCCUGCAACAGAACCAUCUGCUAGCCAACAGACUAGACCUGCCGUUCAUGAUGAUGCCCCACCCCCUGCUUCCUGUCAGCCUACCUCCUGCAUCUGUUGCCAUGGCGAUGAACCAGAUGAACCACCUGAAUACGAUUGCAAACAUGGCUGCAGCAGCUCAGAUGCACAGUCCCCUGUCCAGAGCAGGAGCUUCAGUGAUUAAGGAGAGGGUACAGGACAGCCCUUCACCUUCCCCAUCCCUGGAAGAGACCCCACGUCCUGGGAGCCACCCCUCCUCGCACCCCAGCAGCAGUGCCUCCAGUUCCCCCUCCCCACACGAGCACAACUCGGAGCGCCUGGUGCUGAAUAACCCCAGAGACGGAGAGAUGGCUGAUCGGGAAGCAGGCCUAAACAUGAAGAAGAUCCUGAAAGAGAAAGAUGAGACCCAGCUGGCCCUGCCUGUAAUGAAGCCUGGCUUUGACAAACUCCCCCUGGCCGGUCAGGCCCUGCCUCCUGGAUUCCCUGCUCCGUUCCUGUUUGCUGAUGGGCUGUCUUCUGUGGAAACCCUCUUAACCAACAUUCAGGGUCUUCUCAAAGUUGCUGUGGACAAUGCUCGAGUACAGGAGAAACAGAUCCAGCAGGAGAAGAAGGAGCUGAAGAUGGAGCUGUACAGGGAGCGAGAGAUGAGAGAGAAUCUGGAAAGGCAGCUGACAUCCGAACUGCAGAGCCGAGCGACGAUUCAGAAGCGACUGAAGAAGGAGAAGAAGGCUAAGAGGAAACUUCAGGAAGCCCUGGAGUUUGAGUCCAAGAGGAGAGAGCAAGUGGAGCAGGCACUGAAACAGGCCACUUCACCCGAGAGUCUCAGGAUGCUAAAUGACGCAGUUAUUCCAGAGGUGGAACCGGAGCACAAUGGAACUCCGCACGAGAAUGCCCCCGUACAAGAUGCAGCAGCCUGUGGGACUGGAGGACAGCAUCUCCCAGUGGUGAACAUUCUGGAAUCGGUGGCCUGACCAAAUUACAUUGCCUUCAGUAGCCAACAUCGAGCAACUGUUUGAGAAACCCGAGAUGUUUGUGCUGUAAUGUACCGGUACUCCAGAACGUUGCUGAGUCAACUUGUAAAGAUAUGUUUUUUUUUCUUCCUUUUUUUGUUGUCUGAGAAAGGACCUUUAUAAUAAAGAAGACACAAUUGGGGGCCAACAUAUUUCUCUGGAUUUAAAGUACAACCCCCACCCCACCCCACGUAGCACAUAAUGAAGCUUGUUCUCUCUCACCACCUCCUUCAGCAGGAGCUGAGUUUUUUUUUUCCCUGUACUUUAAAUGUCACAACAGUUUCCGAACAGCACAAUAGUUGGGCAAAGCCUGUGUGGACUGUAUCUUCUUGAGUGUGAGGACUUCAGGAGCAAUAAGAGGUUGUGUGUGACAAGAACACAUGCAGUUCUUCGCCCUGCUCUAUUUACUCGUGCUGAUUCUCAGUGUAGUAGGAGACAAAUGGAGGAAUGUGUGCGAGGAACUUUUUUUUUCUCCCCUAGAUAUUUCUCUUUUUAAAAAUAAAAUAACGCCGUAGAAAACAAAACUGUACUAUCACUAGAUGACUGAUGCAAUAACGUAGCCCUCCCCCUUAGUGAAGAGUUGGUGGGGCUGUUCUUAUUUUGUACCCUUUUGUUGAUGUUUUUUUUUUAAAUCACACAGCUCAGCCUGAGGUAAAUGGAUCAGACGUAUACAGUAGACUAUUAGAAUUGGUUUCUCUGUUGUACUGUAUUAAGUUUGAAAUUCUUUGUUGAAAUGUUCUUGCGAAAAAAAUACAGUAUUACAAUAAUCUUCUGUUCUACCCUUGUUUAUAAAAAGUGUAAAAAAUGCUUUUAGUGUCUGCUAUUAUGAUGUCAGUAAAAAAGUGGAUACAUUUUUAGUGAAAAAUACCUAAUGCACAUCUAUGAACAAGCAUGGCAAAUAAUAUGAUGCUCUUGAAAACAAAAUUGACUUUUUUCUGGUAAAGCUGCCUACCGAAAUAUUAUUUAUCAUUUUUCUUUUUUCCUUAGUGGGAUUUUUUUAAUGUCGUUUGGCAGCAACCAUCUUUAAUGAGCUUGUUUUGACAGUGAAGUUGCCACACCUUAGAUUUCUUACAGCUUUGCACAUACAAAAAAAAUCCGACAUCUUCGUAGAUUUUGUUUUAGAAAUAAAAGUUGAAAUACAGAGUUUUUGGUGAAGUCUCGUGUUGUGAUGAGACAAGAGAUUGACUGUGAUACUGACAGAAGUUUUGUAGGCCUAGGCAGCUUUAUAAUUUAGUGAUCAAUCUCUGUGACCUGUUGUCCCUCUGCCUUUUUGCUGUGUGCUCUAGAUACAUGUAGGAAAUCUCUUUGCCACACCUCUUCUGCUUGUUACUUUUUUUUUUCUGGAUAAUUUGGUAAAUCUCUGAUAAUCAUCAGUCAAUUUAUAAAUUUAUCAAUUUACAUCAGUCAAUCUGCAAACCAAGUCAUAAACAUGGAAUAUUGCUAGUUUAUUGGUCAAUUUCUAAAUAAAGUGUUAAGUGAGACUAUGAGACUAAGAUCUAUACAUCAGUUAAAUGAUGUCGUACUAAAGUGUUGGAAAGCACAUUGAACAUACUGUGAAAAUGACAGUGAUAAGCUUUGAGAAGGAUUUUCUUUGGCUGCGCCCAAGUUUUAUCGUAUUGAAGAGGAGAAUAUUCCACAGAAGAUCUAGCUAAAACUCGUCUGUGUUUGAGUGCUCUUCUCUCAAAAGAAGCCUGUUUGAUAAAACCUGUUGUUUCAACA